GGUCAGCCUUGAUUUCCCCCCCCUCCCCUCCCGCCUCCUGCCUUGUCCUAGCUACAGUACACUGCACAUCUCGUGCUGCGACCACUACCUCGCCUGCUCACUUGGCCUUCUUUCUCUAUUACACCUCAGACGGUUAGGCAUAGUCAUCGUGACCGCUGCCAUCCCAACCCUGCGCGCGUCAGCCAAUAUAUACCACUCCUCUGCGCUGGGGCGUUGACCAUACACAACUCUCCGUGCGACCAGGAACCGCUGAGACCACCCACUGCGAUUACACCUUCAUUACGAUCGCAUGCAUACCAACCCCGAGACUCCCGUAGUCGCAAAUCACCACAUGACUGCUUAGGGCUCCAUAAACCCCCGUUCACUGUUGUCGUCUGCAUCGUCCAAGACCUGCGUCCCGGCUCGUCCACUCUGCAUAGAGCCUUAUGUGAAGAGACAAUACCCAAUUACCUCGUUGAAACACACACACACCGCAACAUUCCUAUACCUGGACUCAUAUCCAGUGUCACACCUCGUGUCAUUCGUCGCCUCGCGACUUGACACUAGGCCUGGCUCCUACCAUGGAAGGCUUCGGCGUGUCCCAGCAGGCCGACGAGGGCUACUCGGAGGAUCCUCUCACCCAGCUCGAGCCUUCUACCUUCAAGCCGGCUGAUAUUGGCUCAAUGAAUCCAUUGUCGGGUGCCUCUUCAGUCCAGCUGAAAGGAUGGCUGUCCGCCCACAUUGCGAAUCUCCCUACCGACCUCAGAGCUCGUGCUCUUGUGGCUGAGAUCGUCGAGAAGAUGAACCCUCGGCUCUACAUCGACUUCAUCCGUUACCUCCCCGCCGAGAUAUGUCUCAAGGUUCUCGGCUACCUGGACCCCGUGUCCCUCCUCUCUGUCGCACAGACGUGUCGUGCAUGGUACAGCCUAGCCCUGGACCGGACACUAUGGCAGACGUUAUACCACUACGAGGGCUGGAAGGUGGUCGCGGACGAGAUCGAGGCUGCCGAGGAGAUGGUCAACAGAAGGACUGCCACUGGGUCCAUGUACAGGCAAAAGUCGGAGGAGGAUGGCCACACCCGCAAGAAGCGGGCUGUGUCCCUGGAGGAAGACGAAGAUGCUGCCAUGACCGACGCCGGGUACGUCUUGGUCGAUGAGCCCAAGACGCUGGAGCCUGACCAGUCUGCGUUUGCCGGCCCGUCCCGCAGCAACAUGACGCCUGCCUUCAGGGGCCUCAACAUGCAGGGCUCCGGCUCGAGCUCGGUUGGCUCUGCCCACAAGGGCAGGCCUAUUACUACCGACAAGGGAAAGGGGAAGGCCCCUGCAAGCCCUUCCAGUGCUCUGCGCCCGCCGCAGCCACCUGCCCACCCCUCGGUGAACUCGGGGCUAUGGGUCUGGGAUCCAUCACUGAAGAGACAGCGCAUUAAUUGGCAGUAUCUCUAUACCAUGCGCAGGAAACUAGAGAUGAAUUGGGAACAGGGCAACUUCAAGAACUUUCAACUGCCGCAUCCGGAUCACCCCGAGGAGGGCCACAACGGCGAGUGCAUCUAUUCUCUCCAGUACAACGAAGAGUACCUGGUGAGCGGGAGCAGGGACAAGACACUGCGCAUCUGGAGCCUGGCCACGAGGCGGUUGGUACGGAAGCCACUGAUUGGGCAUAUUGGCUCCGUCUUGUGUCUCCAGUUUGACUCGGACCCAAAUGAAGACAUCAUUGUUUCGGGCAGCAGCGACUCGGACGUGAUCAUCUGGAGGUUCUCGACCGGUGAGAUCAUCCAGCGGCUCACACACGCCCAUCGCGACCCUGUAUUGAACGUCAAGUUCGACAAGCGCAUUCUUGCGACCUGCUCCAAGGACAGAACCAUCAAGAUCUUCAACAGGCGACCCAUGAAGCCCGGCGACCCGGGCUACGUCUACCCGGUCCCUGCCAUUGUCAAAAAGUAUGGAUACGACGACAUGUCGCUCGAUCAACAGCCAACAAUUCCAGCCUUCACUAUGAUUGGCGUGCUGGAGGGUCAUAGCGCGGCAGUGAAUGCUGUACAGGUUGUCGACAACGAGGUCGUCUCGGCGAGUGGCGACCGCCAGAUCAAGGUCUGGGACUGGCAAACGGGUGUCUGCAAGAGAACGUUCGUGGGUCACAACAAGGGCAUUGCGUGUGUCCAGUACGAUGGCAAGCGCAUUGUCUCUGGGUCUAGUGAUAACGAGGUCAAGGUGUUUGACCGCGAGACGGGGAUAGAGGUUGCCAGUCUCCGGGACCACACAGACCUGGUACGGACCGUGCAGGCCGGGUUUGGUGACCGGCCCUGGAGCUUGGAGGAGGAUGCCGCAGAAGCCAAGAGGGUCGACCAGGCAUACAUGAAGGCCCUGGAGGACGGCGAGCUUUCUGCCUCGCCCCGACGGGGUCGGCAUGGCAACGCAGGAAGUUCAGACCCCGAGGAGAUCACAGCUUACGGGGCGAAGCUCCCGCCAGGUGGAGGUGGCGGGAAGCGAUGGGGUCGCAUCGUGUCUGGUUCAUACGACAAGACAAUCAUCAUCUGGAGGAGGGACAAGACGGGCAAGUGGAGACCACAACACCACUUGAAGCAGGACGAGGCGGCCCAGCGAACCCAAGGCACGGACGCUCGGCCACCACCUGGCCCGCCUGGCCCUCCUGGCCCACCGAAUGGACCUGGCGGCGGGAGCGGCGCAGGCACGGGAGCUGGCAAUUCUUCCAGGCGGGGGUAUUCGGUUCCUGUUCCUUCCAGGCAGGCUAUCUCUACCGCCAUCAAUGCUGCUCGGGCGUCUCGAGGUACGGGCCCUAGCUCGACUGUGAUGAUCGAUCACAUUAUGCCCCAAGGUGUACAUGCGCUUCAGCAGGCCCUGGCGAAGUACCCAGCAAUGCUCACCCUGCAGAGUCAACUUCAGGCCGCCAUCGACCGCGAGGGCAGCCCAUUCGUCCGGUCACAGCUGCGACAGGUGGUCAGCGCUGCGACGGUACGCAUGCAGGUGGCACAGGCCAGGGCACGUGUCCAGGGCUUCCAACAAGGCCUUGUUACUGCCGACGCUGCGGCGGCUAGCAAUGGCACGUCUGAUGACGACACAGGCGCGGGCGGCAGUGGGAAUCCUACCGGGGCCUCCUCAGUUGGAGCCCCUGGCACUGCUUCAGCAGCGAAUCCAAGUGUCGUCGGACCACCACCACCCACCGGCCCAGGUGGCGGCCACCGCGUCCACGCACAUGCGCCUGAGGUCGGCAUGCCUACUCGGAUCUACAAGUUGCAGUUUGAUGCCCGCCGGAUCAUCUGUUGUAGCCAGACGAGCGUCAUCGUGGGCUGGGAUUUCUGUAAUGGGGAUCCUGCAUUGGAGGAGGUUGCACGCUUCUUUGCUACUGUUGAUUGAUGGAGCGUCUCCCUUUCCCUCUCCCUUAGGAAGACCAGGUGUACGCUCGGGCUGAUGUGCUUGAACUUUUUCCUUUGCGACAACAUCUGAGGGAGCGACUAUUGGGCUGGCACGCAUUGUUUCGGAGUCAUGGAAGAGGUAGAACGAAAUGAGUCGUUGGUGUUGCGGGAAUGAAAAUGCAACGGGACUGGUCCUGGGGACGACCAGGAGGGAGGAAGGACACGGGCGCCGGCAUUCAUGAAUGAAACGACAUAAUCCUUGAUGAGGUAUACGAUAGGUAGUGCAUUGUAGAGAGGUAGCAUUCAGCUCAAGCUUUG